AGAAAUGAAUCGAUAAUGAAAAACAACAUUCCCAGUCCCAGCUAGGUGCGGCUAGUUCGCAUCUAUCCAUUCACGAAUAUGGUUUUCCCAGCAGUUUCAUCCACUUUAUUAUUUUUACUCCUACUGCGAUUCGCGGAGGUUCAAGGAGGAGUCUUUAACGAACGCAUUGUGGGCGGAGAUGAACUGGCUAUACAUAAUUCACCCUGGCAGGUCUCCAUACAGAUCAGUGCCCGGCAUGAAUGUGGAGGUGUCAUCUACAGUCAAGAGAUUAUCCUCACAGCUGCCCAUUGUAUCAAAGACAAGUCUACGACUCUGAUGAAAGUACGCGUGGGAGCCAAUCAACACAAUUUUGGAGGCACCCUAAUACCAGUGACGGCCUACAAGAUCCAUGAGAAAUACGAUUCCAAGUAUUUGCACUAUGACAUUGCUGUGGUACGACUAUCGGAAACCCUGACAUUUAGUCUAAAUAUCAAAGCAAUCAAUUUGGCCAGCGAAAGUCCUGUGGGGGGCAGCAGUGUAUCCGUGACCGGUUGGGGAUCUCAGCAGGAGGAUUCUGGCUAUAGCGGUUAUGCCGAUGGCCUGCAAACGGCUCAACUGGAGAUUAUUGCACGCGAAGAAUGUGCUUCAACCAAGUACGGAUAUGGCUGGGAUUUUGUGGGUGAGGAAAUGAUUUGUGCCGCUUCUUCAUCAAGCUCUGAACGUCUUAGCGAUGCCUGCACUGGCGACUCUGGUGGUCCACUGACAACCACAACACCAGUGCUUCUUGUAGGUCUUGUCUCUUGGGGAUAUGGAUGUGGACAGAUCAAUUAUCCUGGUGUCUAUAUUGAUGUGGCUAUUCUACGUCCCUGGAUAGUUAAAGCAGCAAAUGCAGUAUAAAUAACACUAAUUAUUGAAGCAAAGCUCACAAUUUGCCCAUUUGCAAACUUAAUGUACCAAAUAAACACUUGAAUAUUAUAAAACCCU